CCGGAGUUGAGCCGAUAGAGUGCAGCUGGCAAUCGUUUUCUGGGUAGUACAUAAAAAUGGCGCACUCGGGACCCUCUGCUCGGGGCCCAUACAUAGCCUAUGGCGUGCAGCCUAUUUGCUGUCCAUCAGAGAACGAACAGUUUUCCCUCCGGCUGAGCCACUUCAACCCUCAACGGCCAUACGACCCUCAGAUGAUUUCGGGGUAUUUGACAUUCAAAGAAGAUUUUGGGGACGGUUACAUGACAAGUGUCGCGAUAGACAAACGAUCAAACAACCAAUGGAAGGAAAACUUCUUUCUCAUGAAGUUUAGCAACAUGGGGUGCUCCGCGAUGCGCAACCAAAUUCCAGACCUGUACCGCAUCUUCGUUGAGACUACUGGGGCACCAAAGAGCAAGAAGGUGCCUUGCGUCAUUCGAGCGGGACACUACAUCUGGAAGAACGAAUCUGUGAACUGGAAUUUUCCCAACGUCCCAAUCGUGCCCUACGGACACUACCGGUUCCGGCUGCGCUGCGCUGCGAAUGACACUGGCAAAGUCCACAUGUGCGUGGAAGUCGAUGGCCACGCCAUCCCGAAGCCAUAGAGGUGGCCCAACCGCACU